CCGGGCCGGUGGCUCUUCCCCGCAGCGCCGGGACAGCGGCACUGAGGCUGCGGCCCCGCCAUGGCUCCCGGCUCCGAGCAGCUCUUCGACUCCCUGGGUCACUUCGGCAGAUUUCAAGCAUGUGUGUAUUUUGCAUCUGUCUUUCAAGCUAUGUCAUGUGGCAUCCAUUACUUAGCAUCUGUGUUCAUGGCGGUUACACCUAACUUUGUAUGUGGGAUCCCUGGAAAUGUGAGUAGCGUUCUCUUCUACAACUCCUCUAAAGCAAGUCUAGAGGACAUCUGGACAACGUGGACAUCAACAGAAAAUUACAUUGUAGCCCAGCUGGAAAAUGGAGAAAUCUGGGAACUUAAUCAAUGCAGCAAGUCCAAACGAGAAGUCAGUUUUGACCUAACAUAUGAAUAUAAAGGCAACAAGUCCAUAUUUUCUUGUUCUGAUGGAUUUCUUUAUGACGAUACAAAAUGGAAGAGCACUGUUGUUACGCAGUGGGAUCUGGUCUGUGACCGAGAAUGGCUGGCAAAAUUAAUCCAGCCUACGUUCAUGCUUGGAGUCUUGGUUGGAGCGGUGAUUUUUGGUGACAUUGCUGACAGACUGGGAAGACAGCGCGUUAUGUGGUUCACAAGUGCUGGUCAGUUUGUAUUUGGCAUCACAGUGGCAUUCACGUUUGACUACUACAGCUUCGUCAUUGUUCGCUUUCUCCUUGCUAUGGUUUCAAGUGGCUAUCUGGUUGUGGCUUUUGUUUAUGUGACUGAAUUUGUUGGCAUUAAAGCACGAACCUGGGCUUCUAUGCAUGUCCAUGCUUUUUUUGCUUUGGGAAUUAUGGUUGUGGCACUCGUGGGAUUUUUGGUUCGGACCUGGUGGGUGUAUCAGAUAUUUCUCUCCAUAGCAACUCUUCCCUUUGUCUUGUGCUGCUGGAUGCUUCCAGAAACACCUUUGUGGCUGCUAUCAGAGAAAAGAUAUGAAGAUGCACAAAAAGUAAUCAAUAUAAUGGCAAGGUGGAACAAAGUAAGCACUUCCUGCAAAGUGUCUGAACUGUGCUCAGUCCAACAAGAUGACCCAGGCACUGACAGAACAAGUGGCAAUGGUGCAUCCUCAACCAAGAAGCACACCAUCUUAGAUCUGUUUUGUAAUUGGUACAUUGCAAGAAGGACCAUCACGAUCUGGCUGGUCUGGUUCACUGGGAGCCUGGGGUACUACGUCUUCUCCCUGAGUUCUGUCAAUCUAGGAGGCAAUGAAUAUUUAAAUCUGUUUCUCAUAGGUGCUGUGGAGUUGCCUUGCUAUAUCAUUGCUUGCAUUGGGAUGGACAAACUGGGAAGGAGAAACACACUCAUUCCGUUCCUUAUUUUAAGUGCACUGAUCUGUGUUUUAAUUAUGUUCAUACCUCAGGACUUUAAUGUGUUAAUUAUCUUGGCAAACAUGGCUGGAAAAUUUUCAAUAGGUGUGGCUUUUGGCCUUAUAUACCUCUACACAGCAGAACUGUAUCCAACAAUUGUAAGAUCGCUUGCUGUUGGAAGUGGGAGCAUGAUGUGCCGUGUAGGCAGUGUGGUUGCUCCUUUCUGUGUGUAUCUGAGAAGUGUUUGGAUUUUCUUGCCACUUUUGCUUGUUGGAAUCAUGGCUCUUCUGAGUGGAAUAUUAACAUUAAUGCUUCCAGAGACACUUGGAAAACCUUUGACUAAUACUUUGGAGGAAGCUACAGAAAUGGGAAGAAAGAAGGAAAACUGCUCAGGAAAGACUCCUCCAGCAGACAGUGGUGCAGCAUUAGAAAAGAUAGAGAUGUUUGGUCAAGAAACAGUCAGCACUGAGAAAUAAAACAAGAUCAAAAUGGCUGUUCUCAGUUUUAACAAUUAUAUAAUUUAUAGGUUAUUUUAUUCAAGAGAAGACUGUUCUGUAAUAUCUGUCCCUUUAAAUUUGUAUCACAUCUUGCCUUUUUGACAGAGCAAGAGUACGAAACCUUUUCCACUUGACUGAGGUACUGCAGAAAAUUUGAUGAGAUUUCUAGAUCCCUUCUCAAACUUAUUUUGCCUUUAGAAAACCUGUCUGACUUGCUGUGACCAGUUGGAGUGAUUAUUUUAGUUCUGUAACAUAUCUGAUUACAUAUAUGUAAAAAAAGUGCCAAUUCUUACUUUGGAUUUUCUGUGGUUAGACUUGUAAACCCACCACAAUGUGUCUUGUCUUUUUGCAGUCAUCAGUUACAGACUCGAGAAUUCAAUACAUAGUGAAGUCAAACUCACAGUUAUAAUUCAAGAGAGAAGCCUUAACCUCAUCAGGUCAUACUAAUAAUUUCAAACUUAAACUGUUUUUUUUUUCUUUUCAAAACUGCUUCCAGAAAAGUUAUCUUUUCUAACAAAAGUAUUCUGUGGAAUAGCUUCUGACUGAAAAAAUAAUAUUAAUUUUGCAAAAUGUGCAAAUAGUUCGUAUAUUAUUCACUCUGUUGAAUGGUAAAUGUAUUUUUAUUAGUAGCUUAGAAAAAAUUGUUCACUGGAUCUACUUGCUAUCUUAAUAAGUUCUUUUUUAGAGAAAACUGCCUGAGGCCUUUUAAAAUACUUCUCAUUCCAGACUAUUAUUUCCGUGCACCCUUUCUCACUUUGUUCAGGUCAGAUUAAGUCUCAAAUUUGUCUAAUGCUUCAGAGCAACACCAAUGCUUGUGUGCCAAACACUUCCAUACUUCCACACUUAAGAGGCUGAGCCCUUCUUAGUCCUCAGAGUAGAACAAGUGGUAUAUGAGCCUUAUUCAGACUCUGCAGUGGUGGUCUUAGUUAUUAAAGAAAGAUUAGUAGGCAUGGAAUCUAAACACAUUUGUAUUAGACUCCAUAGACUCAUGUGGACUCUGCAGCUCCAUUUUUUCCUUACAGUACAAAAAACCAGUUACAAAAGUAUAACUUAGAAAAUGAUAUCAAGAGGACAACGAGUUAUUACUUGUUCUGUUUUUUUUUAGUCAGUGUCUGUCAGUGUCUUUUAGAUCUUGUGUGAGCAUCAACACUCAUUUACUGGUGCAGUGACUGUGCCUUAUGACUGUGGACCAUAGAAAACAUAUAGAUAGGAAAACAUAAUUCUAGCUGCUCUUUUAUGGCUUUCUGCCCCAGCUCUCUUUUUGCUGUUUACCUCUAGUCCCAGAGGUUUCUUCCUUGCCUGUGAGUCUGUAUCCUUGUUUGAGCAGAUGGUGUGGGAAGCUUCUGAACAUCCCUUGCCUGGUUUGUGUGAGCUUUGCUGUCCCUGGUGUGAAAUCACAGUUCUUCUCACCUGAGGCACCUACUCACAGGCUACCUUUCACAAUCUCAUGAAAGCAAGUCUCUCCAUGUUUACUUCUUUGACACGUACCCCAAAAUCAGACAUCUAAAUUAUUGUAGAUAAAUAUACUGUGUGCUGUAUAGUUUAUUUGUCAUUUUUUCUAUUGUAUCUGCAUGACCUUAUUAGUUUCAGUGAAUUCUGAAACUAGAGUAAUUGUUUAUAUCCCCCUAUAAAAUAUUAUUUCUUCUUCACUGCACUGUCCUACUGUCCUAGAGUGCUUUGGUUCUGGAUAUAGGAUCCAGUCAUGUCUAAUGUGACAACUAAUGUGCUUUGAAGGCAAGCAAAAAUCAGCGAAUUUACAUUUAGGGUGUUUCUGUGCGAUAAUUAAAGAGGUCUUUGUUCUCCCUUCAGUUAUGUGGGUGUCCCAGUAUUUGCAGAGAAAACCUCUGAAGAGAACUGCGUGGAUUACUAUGGCUUCUAUCAAGAUAUAAUUUGCUCAGCAAAAGUAUGUGCUUUUAACCUUACCCAUGUGAGUAAUCCCAUCAUCAUUCAGAGGAGCACUUGAAUACAUACUGUGAUGACUAAAGAUAGGAUUACUCAUAUGCUGUGGCUUUCUGUUUUGCUCAGGAACAGACCCAGUAUUCUUCCACUGCUUUCAGAUCCCCCUCUCCCAGUUUCCAGAGCAGAACAACUGCCAUUAUCUUCAGGAUCUGUUGCCAAACCCCGAGUGCCCCACCUUAAACAAGUACUUAACCAUACUAAGGGAGAAAAGGGCAGUCGUUCUAACGGGCAGUUAAACUGACUCAGUCUGACUUUGCAGCCACUGUCCCCUUCACAAAGCUCUAAAUAAUUGUGUUAUUUUGGGGUUCUUUCACACGAUACUCUCUUUUUCAUAUGUAGUCCUAUCUUAUCUGCUUUCAUUGCAUGGGACAGUACAGUAUGUUUUAACAAGGUAAUAAAGAACAAUUUUAAAUUAAUUUUUCUGCUUUCUUAUCUGCAGAAUAACUGACUUGGACAUUACUCUGCUUUAAAUAGUCAAUGCAUUUUAUGUUUUCCAUUGACUUGAGGGAUUCAGGACCAGGUAAUCUGUAAUUGGUGUAUGUAAGGUAGGGAAAAUAAGAAAAAAGGAAGGACUUAAAUGCACACUGAUAGUGAGCAAUCCUUGUGGGCUACAGUUUUAAUCUGUACUCUGAAACACAAUGCAGCCUGAUGGCUUUUAACACUUAAAGCUAGUGCUUCCUGUCUCUGAUGUCAGUUUGUACUUGGUCUUUAAUUCAAAUGAGAUUUGAAUUUCCCUGAACCAAUUAUACUUUUUUUUUUCCUGCUGGAAAUGAAAUGUGAAUUGAUCAACAGGUAUAGCUUUGGGGGUUUUAUGCAUGAGUAGCUCUGAGGAUGCUCUGGGGCUUCCUGUCCUUUCAGCUGAAGAAGAACAUUAUUGUAAAAAAGGGAAAUAGCAUUUCUGAAUUUCUGUCAGUAGAAUUUCUGCUUGUUUCUAUUUCCAUGUGGAGGAAAAUAUGUUUAACACUAGUUAUAUGUUAUAAAUGUAGCAUAGAUGGGAUGAGUUGUUUUCUUUCUCUUCAAUAUUCAUAGAUUAUCUAAAUCCUCUUGAAAGAGAGGACUGAGUUUAAGAAAAAGAGCUUCUAAGUUCCUUUGGGGCAUGUUUUCCUCUCAUUGCUAAUAAAAACAAUUCCUUUUCAUAGUUUU